UGGAGCGUUUUUGUUUUGUCGCGUCGCCUCUCUCGCGUUCAGUUUUGAUGGGGUGUCCCUCCCUCUCCUCCCAGUCCCAUAACCUCUUUUAUUGUGUGCUACCGCCACGUAGGGGUCUAUUGAAGCGAAUAUGUGGACCACGAAUGAUAGUAUUCAGGCCUUUAAUAGUUCUGGAUUCUAAUGUAGCUAUGUAGCGUUAGAUAUAUUUAACGUUACAUAGAUCGAGAUAUCAAGCGACAGAUAUCAAGCUACAGAUUGGUAUCCGCUAUAACGUACAGUACGAGGCCUCAUCUCAUCUCCAGUGAACUUCACGCCAAUGGCUGAUUCAGACAGCACGUCUACAUCUGAUCGAAAGCCGCACUGCCCACAUAAACCUGUCUCACUUUCAUUACCUUUCCUGAGAGAGGGCAGUAAUGUCUUGGAGAGGAAACCGCCCCAAACAGGGGAACCUCUUAGUCCACUGCCAACCAAACGCACACGCACCUAUUCAGCAUCGGUAAGAGCCAAAUCUGGACCCGUCUUCAAGGGCAUUUGCAAGAACUUCUCAAGGUCACAAGGUCAUGGAUUCAUUCGCCCCUCCCAUGGAGGAGAAGACAUAUUUGUUCACAUCUCGGACAUUGAGGGUGAAUAUGUGCCGAUGGAGGGGGAUGAGGUGACCUACAAAGUGUGUCCUGUUCCUCCCAAGAACAUAAAGUUCCAAGCCGUUGAGGUGGUCAUCACCAACCUGUCUUCCGGAAGGAAGCAUGAGACCUGGUCUGGGCAAGUUAUCAGCUCCUAGCUCACGCGUUCAGAGCCCAACAGAAGAAUAAAGGCAGAGAGGGAGAGAUAAAAAGAAGGCUUUAACUGGAGGUCCUUGUGCUGGUGUAAAAUGGUGUUGUGUGUAAGUAGGAUAGGGAUGGAAUAGCAAUUAGGGUUAUGCAACUGUUGUUUUCUCCGGCCUGGCAAAUAAGCAACAGGAAGUCAGUGAGAAAUCUGUUUGGAAAAUGUUUUGGGAUGCAAAUCAGAUGAGCUUUAAUAUAGCAUUGGCAGAACAUAACAUAACUGUGAAAUAAAAAGCAGCAGUGUU